AUGGUGGUUGCGUGCUUGUCUGUAUCUGCCCUUCAGUUUAAUCCUAUUUGGAUGCAACAGCAGCAUUCGCAUUCGGCAACAACAACAACAACGGCUGCAGCUUUAUCAUUUCUUGAUCAGUUGAGAGAUCAGCUUAUUUCAGCCGUUAGCAAUGGUAAUUUGUUGGGAAUAAAAGAUGCCAUUGCGUAUUUGGAGAAGACAAAUUUAACGAGGGAACAAUUAGAGAAGACACGUAUUGGUGGUGCAGUGAAUAAUGCGCGGCGCUCAGUUGCUGAAAAAGAUGCGGAGUUAGCGAAACGUUGCCGAACACUUAUUAAACAGUGGCAAAAAAUUGUUGAAUUUCGUUCAACGUCAAGUUCGGGUUCAAAUUCAAAUAGUUGCACACCAAAUCUGCAGUCACCUAAUGAUACCUUACGGAAAAACAUUACACCAUCGCCUUCACGAAGUAGAAUUGCCUCUAAUGGUACAAAAGGUAUUUCGCCCCUGGUAUCAGAUGAAGGUUAUGCACCUAUUUCUCGAAGAAUAACACCGGGAAUUGAAGAGAGUUAUGCACCUCCGUCACAGCGACGAAUUACAACUCCAAUAAACGAUCAUGUUAUGACUAAAUCACUUUCCAUGGUUGAUCUUUCUCGUAAAAUUGUCAGUGAUAAUUCAUCGAAUUCGAAUGCCAAUAAUCAUAAAUUAAAGCGAAGCGGCGAAGCAAACGGGUUAAAUUCAGUAAUAGCGAAACGAGUAAAAAUAGCAAAUGUAUCGCAGUUACCAACAUCAUCAUUAGUGCCUCAUCAAACAGUUAGUGAAGCACGACGGGCAAAUGUACAGUCGACGAGUGUAUUGCUUGCACAACUCACGGAAAAUCUUCCCCAAUCGUUGGCAAUAAAUUUAACCCAAAAUCAACGUAAAGCACAACAAGAAAAAUUGAAGGGAAAUAGUGGUCGUGAGAAUCCAUUGCUUUUUAUUUUCAAUGAAAAUGGUGAAAACAAAGAGGAAGUGAAUAAUACAGCAUCAAACAAUAUGGCUCCACCCAUUAAGAAUGGAAAAUAUGAUUGGAAUGCUAUUUUACCGACUUUAGAUGCAUUAAGAAAACGUACACAAUUUUUUGCUAGGAGAACACCAGACCCAUCAAAGCUUUACAUGAUUGAAGCUCGAGGAGGUCGUAAAGUUUUGUUGCUGCCGUAUGUCGAUAUAGGACAGCCUGAUUUUUUGGAAUAUGGCUAUCCUAAUCAGUCAAAAUAUUACGCCGAGGAAAAUUUCAUGUAUGGAGAACCACGUCCUAAAUAG